AUGGCCACUCCUCGCCGUCGCUCAGCUCGAUUGAGCAAGGCGGCCCAGCAACAGCCUCCCUCUUCUCGCAAGAGGGUCUCCACGGUGCACCUUGAAUCCCUCGUAGAAAGAGAUGAGACUCCAGAAGUCGGCGAGCCCCAGUCCAUCGACAAUGUGCUUGCAACUCCAACGUCGUCGGCCAUGAUCAAGUCACAGCUUUCCAAGUUGUCUGGUCUGAAGACCCCUAGGACUGAGCCACAAGCCGAUCGCGGCGAAAUGCACCCUCAUCUCGUUCACCAGACCACCACCAAAGCUCCAGAUUCCGGCCUCAAAUUGGGGUUUGUCGACGUGCCGGCCAAUCCUCCCCGCUCCGUUGCAAGUGCUCAGAACACUCCGUCCAAAGCGCGUUCGAGUCCACCGGCAAGCUUGUCCUCUACCGCCUUCGACUUCAACUUUGGCUCAGAAUCCCAGUUGAGCAGCGAGGCACAAAAGCUCAUGGACAAUGUUCGAGAAGAGGCGGCAAGGAUCAAGGCUCAGAUGCAAGUGGAGAGGGAAGUCCAGAAGCAGAAGGACGCAGAAGCUGAAGAAAUCUUUGGCGGCAUUAAUGCCAUUGGGAGGAAAAUCGCGAAACCGAGAGGAAAAGCAGGAAGGUUCAGCGACAUCCAUAUGGCCCAAUUCAAGAAGAUGGACUCAAUCGCCAAUCAUCCAUCCGCUUUUAGAGGGAAGCCAGGGUUUGCUCAGCCAACUGCUCAAUCACUGAAGAGAAGCGGCUCCAAGGCCGGUCUCGACGAAGCUGAUCGACCUCGGACUGCUGGGAAAGGGACUCCAGGUCGAAAGCCGCCUCCAUUCCUUGGUCGACCCACCUCGAUCAGCCCAUUCAAGUCCAUACCGACGCAAGGGGAGCGCGUCGAAAGUGCUAUGCCCGCCAAACGUGCUCGACGUUCGGAACUCCAUGACGUGUCGGCCAGUCGACCCUCAGAACAGCCUUCGUCAAUACGACCCUCCACUUUACCACGACCUCUUUCGAGUAGUCUUCUGUCACCUACCAAGUCGUCUCUGGCUAGAGCGACAACAAGUCACAUUCCAAUUGCCACGCCCAACAAAGUACACGCACUUACCCGCAGCACUUCAGUGAAGUCCCUGCGAGCUGCAUCAACAGCACCCAAUGGGAGACCUUCUACCUCACAAGGGGAAUGCAGCACCAAAUCUUUAUCUGGGCUGCAACAAAAGGCAUGCUUACAGGCCGAAAGACCGCUUCCUCCGUUGCCACGCGAGGAGCGUCCGUCAUCAGUUGCCAGCACUAUGCCGCAGUCAAAGUCGAUUGCAGAGAGUGCUGUGACUGCUAGUCCAUCGAGCUUUUCUUCCAAGCUUCCAAAGCUUUCUGGUCUAAAAUCAAUUCUUCGCUCUGGACGCAAGACCGACAUUCCGCCGUUGAUUGAUGAGAGGCAAGCAACACCUAAGCGUCCCAACACUGCCGCCUCCCCGAAUGGCUCCCAUAAGAAAGUCGACUUUACCCCUAGUGUCAAAUCCAGGUAUGCUGUCAAGUUAGCCGCUGGAAGUCCUAGCCCAGCUAAGCUGCCACAACUCACGCCGGGGAAGGCGCUGCCACCAGUCGUUCCCUAUGAUCCAGCUGCCUAUGCUGUCGAGGACGAUGAUGUAUGGGAAGACGCAUCAAGUGAGGUCGAGUAUCCUACCUUACCAGACCCAUCCUCGAGCCCAGCCGCCCUUUCCAAGGUCGAUGCUGCAUUUACCGAAAAGGCCAAGGAACAUAACCGUCGCGAGUCAAAAGAGUUCAAGUCCAUCUUUACCACUUUGCAUCAUCCUUCUCGUUCUGGCGGCCCGUCGACCUUGACGUCUGUGAACACUAUAGUCAACAAAGCAGAUCCGACCGUCAAUGUGCACAAUAUUACUCGGUCUUCCAGCAAUAGGAAUUUCUCAACCCUUUCCCCAUCAACGAUCCGGCGAGUGCGCUCCUCUGGUGUUACAGAUGUGGUCCAACCAUUCCAAGAUGCGGACGUCAAAACCGUGCCACAUGGGUUGCCUGGCAAGAAGCGCCGACGCGCGUCAACAAUCUCCGAGGACAACCAGAACACGGAUGAAGAAUCUGGCAAAGAGAAUCGACGCAUAUCAGUUAUGCCCAGUGUUCCCGGCGGUUGGGAAGAAAGCCCUCAUAUUGGUGACGAACAUGAGCAAGACGAGGGUAUGAAGCGAGGUGGGAAGCGGGUACGGACUGACUCGGCAACAGGAAAUUUGUCGGACAAGACGGUGCUGGGAACGACAAUGAGUCCUAUCAAGAAGCCAAGACAAAGCUCUGCGCGCGAGCUGGCGAAGCAGAACGCAAAAGAUCGCAAGAGUGGCCGCGGCAUUUUGAGUCUCAGUCGCUUGAACAUGCUUGCUCGGCCUAAGCAGAGAGGUUGA